UCUCCUCCCUAAGAUGAAACAUGAAACCUGGUCCAAUUUAGCCAAGUUUGUCCUCUACUAGCUCAUAGUUCGUCCAGCGCCAACACAGCUCCGCAUGACCCAUUUCCAUUCGCCUGUUAUUGAUAGAAAAAAACUUUGUUAAUCAUCCUCCUUUACCCUUCUAUCACUGGAUUGGUUUUUGUCAACAUUUUUCUCCAGAAUUUUAAAAUCGGUACCCGCGUGGAUUGUAGUUAGGUCAUAUCGUGAGGUUUAUUUUUUUUACAGGAAACUUUGUUGCCAUCUCAUUUCACCAUUAGGUGUUGCACAAAACUAAUUGAGUCAUGUUUGACUUAUUCAAAUGACCGAUUCACAUAAAAGUCCAUUACCUGCGUUCUCCUGGAGCCACUCGUCGACCUUACAUUGCCUAUGCAAUGUACAUUUUAAACUACCUUUGUAAUGUGACAAGGCGUUGACCUAUAUCUCAAUGAAAGUUCUUUUUCCAAGGAUUAGACGUCUUAUUCUUUGAAUGAAAAAACAUGACACGUGUUUCGAAAAGCAUGUCGAUUGUGCUCGUCUUUAUGGGAUUAUUCCUGCUCUUCUCGCCAUCUGCACGAGCUGAGCCCGAGACCCUUGACGAAGAGGAGGAAGAGAGCUCGUGCCAGGGGGCCUUUGACCUCUAUUUCGUGCUUGAUAAGUCCGGCAGUGUGAUGGACCAUUGGGACGAUAUCUAUUACUUUGUGGAAAACCUGGCAGAGAAAUUCAAAAGCCCAAUGCUGAGGAUGUCCUUCAUCACCUUCUCCUCCAACGCGGUCACCAUCAUGAAGCUGACCGAGAACAGGGUGGAGAUCAGAAAGGGUCUGAACGCCCUGCAUAGAGAGAUCCCUGGUGGAGACACCUGCAUGGACCAGGGUCUGAACCUGGCAAACCAGCAGAUAUACCACGAGAACAUAGGGACGGCUAGUGUUAUAAUCGCACUGACAGACGGAGAGCUGCAGGAACAUCAGCUCAGGGAUGCUCAGCAGGAGGCGGAGAGGGCCAGGUCUCUUGGUGCCAUUGUUUACUGCGUUGGAGUGAAGGAAUUUAACGAGACUCAGCUGGCCACCAUUGCAGACACAAUCGAGCAUGUGUUUCCUGUGUUGGGAGGAUUCCAAUCCCUCCGAGGGGUCAUCGACUCGAUCAUUAAGAAGUCCUGCAUCGAGAUCUUGGCGGCUGAGCCGUCCAGCGUGUGUGCAGGAGAAUCAUUUCAAGUGGUGGUGAGAGGCAAUGGCUUCCUCCAUGCGCGAAAUAUCGACCAGGUGCUCUGCAGCUUCAAAGUCAAUGACACCAUUACUAUAAAUGAGAAACCAGCCCAGGUUGAGGACACCUUCCUGCUGUGUCCUGCCCCCGUCAUCGGGGAAAUCGGGAAGGUGAUUUAUCUGCAAGUCAGCAUGAACGACGGUCUGUCUUUCAUCACCAGUAACGUGCACGUCACCACUACAGAGUGUUUUGACGGCACCAUUCUGUUGAUCACCCUGCUGGUGCUGCUCAUGCUGCUGGCCAUGCUCUUCAUGUGGUGGUUCUGGCCGCUCUGCUGCACUUUGGUGAUCAAGGAACCGCUACCCCCUCCUCCCCCAGAGCCUGAGUCGGACGACGAGGACGGCCUCCCCAAGAAGAAGUGGCCCACCGUGGACGCCUCGUACUACGGGGGCAGGGGGGUCGGGGGCAUCAAGAGGAUGGAGGUACGCUGGGGGGGGAAGGGGUCGACCGAAGAGGGCGCCAAGCUGGAGAAACCCAAGAACGCCGUGGUCAAAAUGCCCGAUCAGGAGUACGAGCCCUUUGAGCCCAAACCGAAGAAAUCUCACAACAGGAAGGCCCCUCAGGACAGGAAAUGGUACACACCCAUACAGGGUAAACUGGACGCUAUCUGGGCGCUGUUUCGCCGUGGUUACGACCAGGUGUCUCUGAUGAGGCCUCAACCUGGAGAUCAUGGCCGCUGCAUCAACUUCACCCGCGUGAAGGACGAGGCGGCCGCCGGCGCCAACGCCAGGGCCCCGCCCCCCCGCACGCCCAGCCACACCCCCUCCCCUCCGCCGCCGGACUACCACCCCGUGACCCGCACGCCCACGCCGCCGCAGCUGAGCAGCCCGCCGGCCAGGCUGCCCCCGAUGGGGCAGAUGCCCCUGGGACCCCCGCCCUCCCGCACCCCCCCGGGACUCCCCGGCCCCCCGCCCUCCAGGCCCCCGCCCAGCCUGCAGCUCUAGACCAAAGGGAGGCAGGAACAGAGAAGGGAGAGAAAUAGAGUGAAAGGAGAGGGAAUGAUGCUGACCGCCUCCCCCCCACCCCCACCCCCACGAACAACCUCUUCAUUAUAAGCCGACCCCCCCCCAACCCGUCCUACACGGCUAUCAGUUCGAUGCCGAUGGACCACCCAGCCAGGAAUACUCCAACAACAUCUACUAAAGAUGAUUAUCAAAACAGAUACAAAAAUCUGUCCAAAAGUCAUGGAGCUCUUCGUUUAUUUUUUGGCACGGAUCUGAUCCAAUUUUGCAGCGAUUCUUGUAAAAUAUAAUAUCUUAUAGCUUGUUAGCAUCCACUUCCAUCUAUCCAAAUACGGAUUAAAAUGUGGUGAACUAGUUAUUCAUAUGUCAUUUAGAUGAUAGGCUUGUUGAAUCAGGUUUGUGCUGAAUUUGACUCUGUGUUUACUCUAAUUAGGCUAUUUUGAAGCACGUUAUCACACGAUACGUUCAUCACGUCGCAAAGCUACAACAAACAAGCAGUGAUGCAUAUGAGGAGCGCUAAAGUAGACGGGCACGUGUGUGGGGGGGAGACCGUGCUUGGCAUUAUAUUUUUUAAGAUCGGCGAGGUUUGUUGCUGGACAGCAAAGCAGGACAGGAUAUCAGAAAAGAACUGCAGCAACGGUUUCAUUAUUUUGUUCUCUUUUAUCAACUACUGAGUUUUCUUGCCAAUCUUUCGAGUGUAGGCUAACAGUAGGUUGCUAGCAUGGACAUCGUCCUUAUCCAAUUUCAAUUAAAUGAAUCGUGUUAUUCAUACAUUGCUAGGUUGGUAGAACAGCAAGUGUUAAAUAAUUUUUUUUAACAAUUAUACAUGAUCAUAAAGUGUUGUUAUCGGUUAAAUGUUCUUUGGUAUUUUUUCUGAUUAAAUGUGGUUGACACAUUUUUAUCCCAAAUAAACUCUUUUUUUACCCUCAAUUAUUAUUCAACCUCAAACCUGAUAUGCUAAAACAUGAUUUUAUAAAUAAGGUGUUGAAAUUACAAUUGUAUGCAAUCUUUACCUGAUUUAUUACCUCCUCAGGAUUGGAGUACAGGACAGGUUUUGUCAUUAAAAGCGUUACGGCUGUUAUAUAUGUCUGUUGUUUGGAGAUAAUGUCUGUGGGUGUGCUUUUCCGGGCGUUUUAUUCUCUGUUUGGUUUCCAUGUACGCUUUGUCGUCAAUAACUUUGAGGCUUUAGAUGUUGGCCUUCGAAACUCAUCAAGGCAGUUUAACGAAACGGGAUGUGGUAUUACUUUAGAAUCUGUGCACAUAGAAGAGCUGGGCAAAGUAAAGGCAUAACCAGCGUAGUUUGUUUUUCACACUUUGACAUGUUCGUUUUGUAUGACGAGCAAACUCAUCCAUUUGAGAAAUCAGGAAGGAACACCCCUGGUCUUCAGUUAAACUGUACUGAGUAUCAUGUAUGUCUACUAUCACCACCAGUCACAUUGCAACUGCAGGGCAGUUCAUUCAGCAUCUAAUUUAUUUAACUUCCCACUCAAGAGGUAGAGGAGGGUACUUGAAUAUCGACAAGGUGUCCACCAGCCAAAGACGGACACUGUGCAAAGAAGACACUUGCAAAAACACAGUUUAACUUCAUGUCCCACCAGCCACCCACCAGUCAGCCUUUGCGGACCGCCUUCUGUGGUGCAAUGCAGCUGUAGAUUUGAAACGGUCGCCAAACAGUAAAUCAAUCGAUCCACAAGGCGAAAGGUUAUUGCUGUUUUUUUCACAUUGGUUUAUAUUAUAUAUGAUGUCACCACAUUAGUGCAAUGAUGAUGUCAUGUAGUGUGCCUUUUGUUUGUAAAGAAACAUGUUCACUUAGCAGCCAUAUUGGUUGUUUAGUUGGGGAAACCAAUGCAGUAUUUCUUUAGGUCUGCAUUCAAUUUCUGCAUAUUAAAUUUCCCCCGGAUGCCAUUUUGAGUUUUUAUGAUUACCCUUAAGAUUCUUAAAGAUGUAUACCCCCAACUAACCAGUAUGGCUGCUAUAGGUCCAAGGUCGGGGAAAUUUACCAUUUCAAGUAAUGUAUGGGCAAAAAAUGAAUAUUUUUGUUUCAUCCAGUGCCUCCUGAGAUUCUUUUCCAUACAUUAUUUUCAUAAGUAGUUUGAGAUAUUCUUACUGUUGUUGUUUGCUGGUUGUGGUCCGUUUUUUAAUUACUUCAAGAGAUCAUUUCAAAGUGCAAGGGAUGUUUUAAAACUGGUUCUGUAAUCUCUACCAAGCAAGAAUUACAUUUUUGUAAGUCAAAUAUAAUAAAUGUUUCACUUCAAAUCGAA